AUGUGUUAACUGUCAUUUUUCGAUUGAAAAAUCAAUAAAUUGUUAGAUUAUUUGGGAAUUAAGUGUGUUAAUAAAGUUGUAUAAAAAUUAGCAAUGCCUUCUGACGAGGCCUCGUCGACGAGAAUACUGGAUUAUUCGAACAAAAACUUAAAAAAAGUGCCUAAAUUUGACGAUAUCGACAAACAAAGCAUAAACACUCUUCUACUCGAUUCAAAUGAAAUUCAAAAAAUUGAAAACAUCGAUUCGUUUGUGCAAAUUGAAAAGUUGUCGUUGAGCCAAAAUCAACUACUCCGUAUGUAUGGACUGCAUCGACUGCACAGUCUGGUUGAACUCAAUCUGUCACACAACGGAAUUCUAACCAUCGAGGGUCUAAAAGACCUUACGCAGUUAACUCAUUUGAAUCUUGCCGGAAACAACAUUAAAACAAUUGAACAUCUGACAACAAACACAAGACUGGAGUACUUGAACUUAUCAGAAAAUAGCAUCGGCAAUGUCUCAGAUAUUUCCAAUUUGAAGCUGUUAAAAGAAUUAUUGUUACAUGGAAACCGCAUAACACACUUGCGACAGUGCGAGAAAUAUUUACCGCACUCAUUGGAUACACUGAAUCUAUCGAAAAAUGCGAUCGUCGAUCUGAAUGAGAUAUGUUCGUUAAGUCACCUUUCCAAUCUACGAAGCUUUUCGCUCGUCGACAAUCCGUGCGUUCAAAUGACAGGCAAUGCUAUUGGAUUUGACUAUCGUCCGUUUGUGUUGAAUUGGUGCAUGAGUGUCAAGAUCAUCGAUGAUUACAUGGUAAAUCCUAUUGAAAGUUUGAAAGCCGAAUGGUUGUACAGUCAGGGACGUGGUCGUCAGUUUCGCAUCGGCGAACAGGCUGAUCUUGCUAAAUAUCUCAGUUCGGUUUGUCCGCUGUCAGGGGAGGUGCUCGAAAAUGAAAAUGAAAGGAAAUUGCGACUGAUAUUGAGCAAAGCUCAGCAGCAUCAGCGACAAUUACAAGAGGAAAUCUCAGAGAACACCAAUUCGUCUGGAAAUAAUUCGCCAUCAUCAUCGAGACGGAAGAGUCAGUCAAGUCGGAUCCAAUCGCCUAGAUUUUCAUGUCUUGGCAGACAAGGAUCACCGGAUUCAAUGUCAAGCAGCUACCAUGGAAUUACGAAUUCAUCGUCGCUGUUGUCACAAAACGAUGCUGGGCACAACCUUAUACAAAUGUCAACGUCGUUAAUUUCCAAUAUUCAAAAUGAGAGCAAUUUGAUGAUUCAAAGUCUCGAUCCGAAUUUACUCAGUAGCAACACGAAAUCACAUUCCAACGUUCUGCAUGACGUCACUUCUCGGUCAACUAAUCAAACUUUGAUGACGUCAAUGAAUCAAUCGAACGUCGAACGACAGGGUAAUCCGUUGGCAGCGGCUUCGAAAAUGGUUCCAGUACCUGAAUCUCUAAUGAGUCCAGAUUGUCCCCCAUCGAAUACUGUUCACCGAACAGCUCUGUCUAGCAAUGCUUCUGUACAUUCGUCUGGCUACAGCAAUUUACCGAAUAACAAAUUUGCCAAAUCAAAAGUAAGUUCACCGAAGAACCUACGAUCUGCAACGACAAAACGGCAUCAAGAAAAAUCGCCGAAUCUGAAUGCGUCUCGUAAAUCGAAUCAGAAUAUGGUGUCGUCGUUGCGAAUUUCCAAUACAUCCGAAGCGAAUAAGACUAAACAAAAGGCGUCAACUGUUCACAUUGCAUCGCCGAAUGAUUCGAAGGCAGCUAGUUCGGAUGAUGACAGCGAUCACAUUAAUACCGACAAACUGAAGACAAUUAGAAACAAGGCAGCGCAGAGAAACUUGCAAAAGGAUUUCUCUUCGGUAAACAACAAGCAGAUCGAAGAAUCUGCUAUCCUAAUUCAAAAAAUUUGGCGCGGUUAUAAGACACGACAGAGCAUGAGAGAUAUUGCUGUUAAGUUGCAGAACAAGCGAACACAAGACUACAUUGAAAAGCUUACACAUGACAUGGAAACGACUAAAGUAGCACUCGAGAAUGAGCGGAAAAUUCAACAAUUGCAAAUGCAAGCGAUAUCGGCUUUAUGGAAAAAGGUGUCAACAAUACAAACAUCGAACGACACACCAUCGGCUUCGAAUAAUUCCACAACUGCCGUGCACGACUUAGCUAAAACUUGCUCGGUGCUAACGAAUCAGGUCCAGCAACUGCAAGGAUCCAUGACGGAAAUUUUGCAAUACAUAACAACAUUCUGCACACCGCCCAACUUCGAAAAUCAAAAUGUCAGUAAAAUGGUGGAAUGUAAAGACAAUUGUGCAACGCAGACUGAAAUUGUAGCCGUUCAUACACCGCAAGUGGACACGCUACCGUUUCCGUUCAAUAACAAAUUGUUGAGACCGUCUACGCUGCCACUAGAAGCGAGCGAUACGUCGCCGUUGCAGCCCGAUGUGGCGAAUGAAGUGGACGAACAUUUUGGUGAGGUCACACCGAAUAAGGAUCAGUUCCACGAAAAAGAUGCAAUGAAAGUGUUGGAAUCGGAGAUAAACGAAUUGCGCGUGAACGAAGAAAACAACAAGGAUCUCAUUAUUUCGGCUGCUGAACAAUAGUAUGAAAUUAAAAUCAAAGACCCUAUCACAAUCUGAAGCACUUCGAAACUCAUUCAUCGGAGCCACUAAAUAGCUUCCUGCAAAAUUUUCAUCGUCAAGCAAAUUUCUAUCGAAUAUCUAUAUUUAUCGUUGUAAAUUUGAACUCUAAUUCAUUGUUUAAAUGCCAAACACAGACACAAAACAAACAACAAUCUGAGAUGAGAAUUAAAGUUAACUAUUGUAAUGCAAAAUGAAAAAAAAAAAAAUUAUAAAAAAAUCAUGGAAGAGAAA